AUGAAUCGAGAUAGGCGGGUUUUAAGAGAUCGAUGCUCACCGAACCAUGCGUUCCCUUGCGAUCCGAAACAAAAAAUAUCGGAACGAGAAAUUACUCUGUAUGGUCCGGUGUACGGUGCUUGGCGUGGUCGACAUGUAGCGUCGCAGCGAAUGAAAUCGUGGCUACUACCUAUUCUGGAAUAUGUGCCUGCUAAUGAAGCGCAAGCUCGUCCUUCUAGCAACAAACCUCUCGUGAUUCGCAGAGCAAUUGACGAGUACACUGAACCGGAGCAAGCUGAACUACCUCCAAGAAGUCCC